UGUCAAUGUCUUUGAAUUGCAUUUGAAUGUUUACACGUUUUCGAUUGCAGAGUUGCUGUUGGAUUGCAGUGUCCUGUCAGUACAUCCAUUGCCCAGAUUUCUCGCUAACUUUGUAACAAGAAUGUCUAAAGCCAGCGAGAAAGACAUGUUCACACAAGAAGAAGCUGUCGAGUUUCUUCAGACUUCGUGGAAGAUCAAAGACGUUCUCAAAAGAAUGAAAACUGAUCGUAAAAACCUUGUAGAUGAGAUAGUCACUCAAAUCUUGGCCAAAGUUCCCUUCCAGAGCAUCCAUCUGGUUGCAGCAAAAGCUGAAGAGCGAAAGCGACCUCCAUUUGAGGAAAUAAGGAAGAAAUGCACAUCAGGUGUUGGUGGUUUAUGCUAUGAGAUAAAUACGUUCACCUGGGCGUUGCUCAAAGGUUUGGGAUUCAACGUGCAUCGACAGCGCUCCACAGUGACGUCAACCGUCACCUCGCCGGAUAACCACGCAGUCGUUUUGAUCAGCGGUCUUGAACAAGAUGGCGAUCUUUUCUUGGUGGAUUGUGGCACAGGUUUCCCAGUAUGUCGGUCAGUUUCGUUAGAUUUCGCAGAGGAAUCGCCCGUUUUCAAAGAUGGAUUCCUGGAGUACAAGUUUGUUCGACAUGAAGGAAAGAUCCUGAGAAUGCAUGGGAAAGGGGAUAUGAUUAAACCCAACAACCCACCUAUCGAAGGCCUCGAUUUCUUCAUAGGCCGUUGGAGGACGAUUUUACUCGUUCGACAGCGUAUUGCUGCCAUACAGAGCUUUCGGGGAAGAUGAAUACCAGUGCACUAUCUAUCAGACGCCGUUCACCUCCUCUCCUCGAGCGCUUUGGUUUCCAGGGAAACGUGCUAUCGUCAUCGCGAACAACAGGUUGAUAAUCGAGAACGAGGCCGGCGAACUGGUGCCGACUCCUCUCAAAUCUGACGAAGAGAUUUUGAAAGCUUACCAAACUCAUUUCCCGCAGCUGGAUCAAGAUCUUGUGCGACGUGCUUUGGUUGAAUGGCAUCGCGUGUUUCAGGCGAAGAAAACAGCGUCAUAAUCAUUUUGCCAAAUCUUCUAUUUCAUUAAUAAUCUCGAGUUUAUGUUUUUUGACAACAAUCAUCAGACAAGCGUCUUGAUAAACACUCAGAUUUUGCUAAAAUUGCUCUUUACAAUAAUGUAAAUAAAUG